UACAUCCGAAAACAUAUACGCCGAAAAGUGCGUCUGUUUUUUUGUUCGAAAUGGCAAAUCUAUUAUUGGCAUAAUGCAAAGUCCACUCAAGCACCGCGAUAAAUGCUCACAUAAAAAGGCAAGUUUUUUCCUUCAUAUUUGAGUCAUACAAUUAAGCUAUAGACCACUUGACUGUUUCGCGGGGGCGAGAAGCAACAAUAAUGUCCACCGAGCUUCCUCAUUUUGGUUUGUAGGCAAUUUUGUCUGGUGAAGGUUUGGCCGAAAAGGACUUUUGAUAACCCUACCUUUGUCUUUGUCAAGCUUACUACUUGUACUUCAAAGGAAAUAGUUCGCUUACCGUAUCGAUCGUUAAAUGAAUGCGGAUAUUUGUUGGACGUGUGGACACCCCACCCGGAUGUGUGUAUUGAAUGACCGUGACUUGUCCCAGUGAGUUCCCAUUCGCCUUUUCACAUGUAAUUUUACGUGUAGAAACUCAGGGCCACAUCGUACACGUUUGAUCGUAUGCAUAGUGCAUGCAUCGUACAUGUAGCAUUGCCAUUAGGCAUUGUUUAGCGUUCGAACUACCUUACAAGUUACAGUACUCGCACUCGUUUACAUUGGAAUAUAUUUAAUGGCAUAGACAUGAAGCCCCAAGUAAUGACGAUUUCUACCACUAUUUUACACGAGGAACAACACAAUGGAGAAAUACCCACCAAAUCUGCUAAACUAGAUAUAUUACACGUGAAACAAGAGCCGGAUGACAUCAGCGAGACCGAAUCGACUAGUCCGCGGGACGCGCCGGGGCCACGACACAGUCAUCACCGUAAGAAAAUGAUGGAGAAAUGGAUGAAUGUCAAUGACGGGAACGGGGUCGCGAUGAAGCAUCUGUCAACACGUAACCAUGACAACGCAGACUCCAGGAGAUCGUCGAAAUCACCAUCGAAAUCACCGUCUUCUCCUCUUCCUAUUAUGUCACACGUUCCCGCAGAUCCUCGGAAAUGGGCGGCAUUGCACGUCGGAAGGUGGCUGGAGGCGGUAUCAGCGAAAUAUGCCUUGCAAGUGAACAAGACAGACUUUGUCAUGAAUGGGCGCGCGCUGUGUCUUAUGAAGCGGGAAGGCUUCUUGGACCGAGUACCCGAGAACGGUGCGAUCCUAUUCGAAGAUUUCCGAAGGAGGCUUCGGCAGUACCUCACAGCGUGUCGGCAAAGGGUGCGGACAACUUACGCAACUCAAGGGAAUAUAUCACUGCCGGGUAGAGUACCUCACUUUCCAACGCCCGCCGGUUCGGGAGCACCUCAAAUGCCGAAUUCGUCUCUGGUUCAACCCAGUGCGGCAUCUCCGUGGAUUGCGCCGUUUUCGGCUCUAAGGAGGCAACCUGGGACUGACCGCAAACCAGCAGGAGUUCUAGGGGUACCUCCCGCGUUGCACACUGCACAACCACCCCAAGGACUGCAAGCGUUUUUGCACACGGCACCGUUUGGCCUUAGCAAUACUCCGUUGGUCCAUGGGCCAUCUUCCCUUUCGAAUACUCAAGGUAUUCGUCAAUCAUCCUCAAGAAAUGAUCCCACCUUUCUGCCACCGUCGCAAGCGGGUCCAUCCACGAGUACGUCUGCACUCGUCACCGCUAUAAACGGCCAGUAUUACGCAGCUGCAUCCCAUAUGGUCGGAGCAUCAUCAUUGCAUCCAAGUCUUCCUGCACCGGGCCAACCGUCAACCGCGGCAAAUACAGUACAACCAUGCCCUUUGCACUCGGCACCAUCAACUCUGCACCCGGCACCAUCAACUCUGCAAACGACCCUGCCGACCUCGUUUACAACCACUGCUCCACGCACGGUGACAACGCAUGUUGCGCCUACCCAGAGUGCAUCCGUUUCUACAUCAUGCUCAGUACACAGUUCGUCCCCUGCUCCCGACCCUCAUUCCUCACCGUAUCCCUAUUUGGGUGGCCAGUGUCAGCUUCACCCGUCACCUUACUACAAAUUCGUUCCUAUUUACAGAACAAUGCGAGUUGUCGGGCAAUUUCAACCAAUCCCGUACGGGUAUCCGCGCACGUUACCUCCAGCAACGCUGCCAACCACCCCAUCAGAAUUUUCAAGCCAAUCACAGCCGGGCAGAAUAGCAUCCCCGACUGUGACGUUACAAGCCAUCGACCAAUCACAAGCUCUAGAUUUGUCAACAUCAAAUAACAAAAGUACUACUAGACCCCCUAGUGCAGAUCAGCAUGUGCCCUCCACCAACGACCGAAAGCGAAUGAAAACCAAACCCCUAUAAAGACACAUUUUCAAUAAAAUAAACACUGUUAUACAGUGAUAUUAUAUUACAAAUGGCACAAAAUCAGAACUGGAUAAUAGGUUCAAGAAUAUUGAUCAAUUUUGUCUAAUUAUUAUUUAUCGUAAAUGCAAUCUUUUCCCUAUGUAAACAUCAGCUGCAGAAGUGAGCCCACCUUUUCAAAAUGUUUUUUAUGCAUAUUUCAAAAUGUUUUUAUGCAUAUUAUUAAUACAUUGAUAUAAUCAAUUUCCAAUAUGUUUUUUAAACUUUGCUUUUUCCAAUUUGCUUAUGUAUACCGGUACCCAAAGGUUUACCUCUUUUCAACUUAUCUUGAUCUUUUGUCAAUGUUUUGACCCCGGCAGUACUUGUCAAUAUUAAUCACCAAAGUUUGCAUUCAAAUAGAACUCUGUAUCAGCCAAUCAUGUUCAAGAUUGGAGUGUUUUAACCAAUAGCAUAUCAGGAUCAAGACAUCACAUCAUGACGUGGCAGUUUCUGAUUGGUUAAUACAUGAUAUGACCGAUGAGAAUGACAGUUUGAUAGACCGUACCCUCUUUGAGCUCAUAUUGGUUUUUUUUUUUAAUUGACAGUGUGACAAAUUGCCAUCAUUAUGAUUUCAGUAUUCUAGAAUUUCUAGGAAUCGUUCUGUCUCACACUUGCUUUCUCUCUCUCUCUCUCUGUAUAUUUAUCUCACUGUCUCUUCAUCUCUCUCUCUCUCUCUCUCUCUCUAUCUAUCUAUGUUUAAUGCAUGUACAAGUGAAAGUACAUUGUGUCUCUGUUUCGGACCUCCUUGCCUGACCUUAAUUUUUCAAAUAAUGUGUAAUGAACAAUUAAAACGGGUGUAUAUAUUUAAAAAAAAAAAAAAAAACGUACAUAACCAUAGGACCUCUUGCAUUCUCUCUUAUAAUGCAAAUUUUCAAAUAAUUAGAAAAACAGUACAUUGCAUGGUUUAUUGAAUCAUUUAGUUAUAUAGACCGACCAAUAUCUGUGCUGGAAUAGGAACACAUCCAUGUGAUUUAACCGAUUCAGAAGUAAUUUUAUGCACAAAAUAAUUUUUCAAAACACCACAUGCUUCUUCCGAAGUGGUCAUUGUUAAGAAAUGCAUGUCUACCUCUUUGUUAGGAAAAUACAGGGAAAAGUAUAUUAUACCUCAUCAUUUCAAUUAUUUACAUGCUUACUAGAAAAAACAAAUCAACAGUUAGAGAUUUUGUUACUGAACAAACUUUUAAUUUUGUUGUUGUUUCACAUUUCUUCAGUUGGUAAGGUUUUAGUAUUUUCGGGUUUUUGUUUAUCUUGCUUUGGACAAAUUUGUUGGUUCAGUGUUCCUUUUUUCUCUCUCUUUGUUUAUGCGUAACGGGGUGUGGCAUAGAUUUAUACAAGCAUGCCAGUGGUUAUUAUGACUACAUCAAACAUUAUUUAGUAACUGUUGAAAUACAAAUCCCAGUACACUGUACCGCAUUAUUGCAGUUGAAUGGGGAUUGGGGAGAACAGAUAAUUAUAAAGCAGUUCUCGUACAUGUUUAAAUCUUCUCAACCGGAAGAAUCGUUUAUGUAGAAAUUUGAAUAAAUUACAACUUACAUUUCAAUUGAAAUCAUGAAUGCAGGAUUCUUGCUCGUAAAAACAUUUUGAUAACAGAUAUGCUAAGGUCUGCUUUCUUUUAUAUGUGAAACAUUCUUUAUAGAAUUAGGAUUCCUACGAAAUGUUAGAUCCAUUCAUUGCUUCUUCAAGGAAAGGAGAAAAAAAAUCCCCUAAUUUGAGUUGAAUUGAUCAAUGUCAGUAGUCACGAAAAUAUCCCAUAUUUUAAUGAUGUUUACAUUUUUGAAAUCUAUCACAACUUCUCGACUUUUUUAAAUGCAUAAUUAAAUCUUGCCAUUACAAUUUUAUACGGUGGUGAUAUAUACACGGCAAUUGAAACAUUUAUUUCUCUAGAAUAUAAUGAAGUUCUUAUAUAGAUUUAGUUGAGGGUCAGUUUUUUCUAAAGUAUGCAUGGUCUAUGACUUCUGUUCUUUCAAAAUCAUUAUUAUUAUGUAAAGUGGUAAGAGAAUUAAUAUAGUCAUAAUAAGACUUUGAAUAGCAAUUGCACUUCUAUGCCUAACGUAUCUUUCUACGAUCAUUUUCAUGUGUUAAAAAGAUAUGUAGUCCUUUUCUUGGUGACAAAACAUGUCAAAUAUCGGAUUCUAGAAAAUCCAAACCAAAAUAUAUUGUGCCUAUUUUUGUUUUUCCAAGUAUACUUCUUACCAGUAAUGCCCAGUAGACUACGAGCUUGGUCUUCAAAGGUAAAUAUAAAGAUUAAUUGGAAAUAUAAUAUAAAGAUGGGAUUGAUGUUUCUUUGGUUAAACAAAAUUUAUAGGAUCAGUUACGCGGGUUUCUCAAUUUUCUGUGUAGAAAUAUGUAGUUUGGGGUCGAUAUUUUCAAAGAUUAUUUUGAUAUAUACAUGUACAUGAUGUAAUUAUAUACAUCUCAAGAUUAUUAUUGAAUAUGAAUUAUCUGUAUGUGUUUUACAGCUUCGCUUUCAAAUGAAUAAAUUUAUAUUUCAUUUUA